ACACAACCGUCUGCAACAAUCAAGAUGAUCGUGUUAUUAGCGGUCGUGACUCUGCUGAGCUUCUGCAGCCCGGCGUCUAGUUUCGCCUUAUUCCUUCCUCGCGUCUCCCGUACAGAUGAUGCCAUCGUCAUCGAUCUUGACGGUGUGAGACAAACUCUCUCUUAUCAAGACAGGACGUUCUACGGUCCAAUUACCAAUCCAGGAUUUGUUCCGUUCAAUCCUUACCCAUCAGUUCGCCAGCAGGAGCAGACGCCCAACGGAUGGGCCUAUGCAUUCGAACAUCCUAGUCCCCCAGCUCCCGAUAGACAAAAACCAUCACCUGUGUGCGGUGCUGGACCGGCCAUCGCCGCGCGGGAAUCGACAAGCGAAAGGAUCUCUGCCAGAAGCGAUGCCAAAAAGGGUUCUUGGCCUUUCAUAGUAGCCUUGAGAAAAAUAGGCGGUUCCUUAUUUUGCAGCGGAAGUUUGGUUAGUGACACUCGAAUUCUACUGGCAGCUCAGUGCUUUGAAAAGAUGUCUUUGCAUGAAAUGUCAGGUGUGACCGUAUUGGUUGGAAUGCAUAAAGCGGACCAAUCCGACGUCCAAAUGACGAGGAGGAUCAGCAAAGUUAUUCUUCACAACAGAUACAACACCUUCACCUAUGCCAAUGAUAUCGCCAUGAUUGUAAUGGACGCGCCCGUCAUUUUUUCCAGAAGUGUUGCCCCUGUUUGUUUGCCACCGGCCAGCACCGACCCUGACCAACACUUGGAACUUAGAAUAAUCAUUAUCAUCAAAUGGAAAAAUUGGAUAAUAAUAAUAGUGAUAGGUUCGAAAGAAGACAAGUCUACAGUUUUGCAACAAGCCAGGGUUACGCUAAUGCCCAACUCUGAGUGCAAGGUGGACCCGACCAUUGGCAAAUACGUUACGGACAACAGUCUCUGUAUUACUUCUGAUGAUAAUGACAAAUUCACAUGCCCGGAGGACGUCGGCGGCCCAGUAGUCGCCCUCCCGUCGCCAGGAGCCUGGACCCUAAUCGGAAUCAACAGCUACACCAAGAAUUGCGAGACCACUGGCCUCAAGACUAGGGUGUCAGCAUACAGGGAUUGGAUUGACCAAUACAUGAAAUAAAAAUGAUCUAAAGGCGGUCAUCAAAUAACGACGACGAUCACAACAUGAAACGACCCGAUUGAAAUUUGAACUCCUCUUUUUAGUUUUAACAUUCUUUCAGAAUUUCCCUUUAAAAAAAAUUCGGUUUGGGCUGAUUAAGAUUGAUUAUUUCACGCUAUAUUUAAUGCACGCGUGCAUACCAAAUGAAACAAAUUCUGAAUACACAUUAAUUCCAGCAAGUAAA